AUGGUGCAAGCGCCCAAGCAACCCCUCAUUGCCAUCGUGGGCGCAACGGGCACCGGCAAGUCAGAUCUGGCUGUUGAGAUAGCACGCAAGUUCAAUGGCGAGAUUAUUAAUGGAGAUGCUAUGCAGCUUUACCAGGGCUUGCCGGUCAUCACUAAUAAGAUCACUGCUGAGGAAACGAAAGGUGUGCCGCAUCACUUGUUGGGCUGCAUUGGGCUUGAGCAGGAGACGUGGACUGUUGGCAAGUUUGUGAGCAACGCUUUGGGUGUUAUUGAUGAGAUUCGAAGCCGAGGCAAGCUCCCCAUACUUGUGGGAGGCACUCACUACUACACCCAGUCCUUGCUGUUCAAGGACGCACUCUCGAAAGAACCCGCGCUUGACUUGAGCAAAAACAGUCAACAUUUCCCAAUCUUGGAUGAACCAACUAGCGUCAUUCUGGAAAAGCUGAGAGAGGUCGACCCCGUGAUGGCGGACAGGUGGCAUCCGAACGAAAGCAGGAAGAUCCAACGGUCUCUAGAGAUCUAUCUGAGGACAGGCAAGCCGGCCUCGCAAGUCUACGAUGAGCAGCGCAUCAAGCGCGAGAUCGAACAGAGCGCCCCCAACGACGAUGCAGCUGAGACCAGCACCGGUCUCCGCUUUCCAACGCUGCUCUUUUGGGUGCACGCCGACAAAGACGUGCUAAACCCCCGUCUCGACGGCCGUGUCGACAAGAUGCUCGCCAAGGGCCUUCUGGAUGAGGUAGACGAACUGACGCGCUUCCGAACCGAGCACGAAGCGCGCACAGGAAGCGCCGUCGACCAAAGCCGCGGAAUCUGGGUUUCCAUUGGCUACAAGGAGUUUCUGGGCUACCAGGGCGCACUCAUCGACAGCGCCCUGCCGUCCACCGAGCUCGAGAAACAGAAGACCGCUGCUGUUGAGAAAACCCAGGCCGCGACGCGACAGUACGCGAAUCGGCAGGCUCGAUGGAUCCGGAUCAAGCUGCUCAACGCCCUGUACGGCGCGGGCCACAAAAGCAACAUGUUCCUCCUCGACGGCAGCGAUCUCUCGAAAUGGGCUGAACACGUCACGCAACCAGCAACCACCAUCACCAACGACUUCCUGUCCGGACACACUCUCGCAGACCCCUCGACACUGUCCGCCGCCGCCGCGGAAAAUCUCACGCCAAAACGCAGCUACGACCUCGGCCAGCGGCCGGAUCUGUGGCAGAAGAAGACCUGCGAGACGUGCGGCACGGUGUCCAUCACCGAGAACGACUGGAAGCUGCACGGCCAGAGCCGCGCCCACAGGCGCGCGGUCGGCAUCAAGAAGAAACAAGCGAACGCGCAAGCACGGCAGCCCAGGGACCGCGAGGCGCUGCAGGCAGAGGUUGUGGACGUGCUUGAGACGUUUCUUGACGGCCGGGCGCGCGGGGAGUCGCCGGCGUGA